AUGCAGCUGCUGCUCUUCUGGAGUGCAGUACUGCAGGCUGUUGCGCAGGAUUACCUCUAUGAGAAGCUGACAGGUGGUGGAUCGACGUGCUCGGCAGGUUUCAAUGACAUCACCUCCUCGGCCGACUGCCAAACGGCCGCCACGGAGGGACAAGGGACCUGGAACACUGCGCUGAGCUCUGCGGCGUAUCCCAGCGGCUGCAGCUACGAGGUGGCUAGUGGCGACAUCUUCUACAAUUCCCUGGUGGUGGGAGCCCUCGUACCCGAUGGCACCACCUACGCCAUCAUCUGCCGACAGUCCACGACUACGAUCACCACGUCUUCCGUGACCAUUACGACGACUUCACAGACCACCAAGACUGACACCACCACGUCCUUUUCCAGUACCAGCACGAGCAGCACCAGCACCAGUAGCAGCAGUACGAGUAGCAGCAGUUCCACUACAAGCAGCACCACGAGCAGCAGUACUUCAUCGACGUCUUCCAGCAGCACGUCCACGAGCUCCACAAGCAGUUCUUCCACCUCCACGAGCAGCUCCACGACCUCUUCAACCUCGAUCACGAGCACCACCACAACCACAUCUACAACGCCGCCGGACAUCUUCAAUGUCACCUGGGUGCAAAGUUACGUCCGACCCGUGACGAAUGCAGAGAUCGCGAUCUCCUGCUAUCCGACCUCCUGCAAUGAGCAUGCCAUCGCGUUCCUGGCGGCGAUCGAUCCAUUGAGCGUGAACUUCGUGGACACCACCUGCGCGUCGGUGACCGAAAUGCCGCUGCAGCCUAUGACGGUCUAUGACUCCGUAAGUGCCCGGGUGGUGGUGAGGAUGACUCAGCCACAGUACCUGUCGCCACAGGAGGGCUCCAGCCCAAUCGUGGACUACAAGUCUGCAUGGGAGCCUGUGGUGGACUGGACGGUGAAUUGGACCCUCCAGGUCGUGGAAGGCACCGAGCUGCGAAUGGGUCGCAGUUAUCGGCUUUGCAUCGACGAGUCCGGCCCUGGCGGCUACAAUGGUCCCCAGCUUGGAGAUGUGACCGAAAUGAUCGAAGUCUAUGUAGCGGGCAUUCGAGAGGCUGAUGACGGCAUCGCGCCUUCCAACAACUCAAGGGUGGAAGUGCUUUGCGAACCAACCGGUGACCUGUACCAGCUGGGAUGCCAGACGUUCAUGGGAUACAACGAGCAGUCGAACCCAGGGGCCACCAGCGCCUACCUUGCAGUGAGCUGCGACACCAGUGACAACGACGGCUGGCGGGAGAGCUUGUUGGACAACGAAAGCGCAUCGUCGUAUUUGAUGGGGGAUGGCAACCCAUACUUUUAUUUGGAAUUUGACACUCGAGACAUGCAGCUGGGUGUCCAUUAUCGGCUCUGCGAGGAUUUGGACGGCACGGGCACCGUGGCUUCCUUCAACUGGCCAGGCAUCGUGGUCUACCUGGGAGGAGUCACCAGCCUGAGCACGGUGCUGCGAGACCCCAAGGAUGGGCCAGUGGUCACGGCUGCACUGGGGCAGGGCUUGCUGCUGAAUUGCCUCUAUGGCUCUUGCAGUACUGCCUCCGAAGCGUAUCUCGCCUUGAGCUGCGAAGCGUCUGACAACUCGACAGACAGGAGUGAAUCAGCUGCAUUCACCUUCAGAGGAAGCUCUGAGGAGUGGCAGUGGGAGCUUGGAAUGUGGGAUCUCAGCAAUCUGACGAACGGAAGCACUUACAAGCUCUGCACUGAUCUGGACGGUCUCGCCCAGGGCCCCCUGCACUCGGGUUUCAGUGGCUUAUGGGUGCCAGUCACACCAGUGACGCAGAUCAGUGAAGAGAGCAUUCAGGCGGCGACCGAUCAACAUGUAUUGCUCCUUUGUUAUGGAUGCUGGAACACUGAGCGCUAUUGCGACACGGUGGUGGGGUGUCCAGCGACGGAUCCGAUCUACGAGGUCUCCUCGGCCUACUUGACCACGAAAGCCUGUAACUUCUCGGACAACGAUGGAUUUCAGAUGGACGAAGGAGACUGGACCACGCUCUCGGCUCCUUUACGGCCGACCAGUAACAGCACCAGGGGCUCGUCCUUAAGCGCUUCGCCAGGAAAAGAGGCUGUGGUUUACAACACUGAAGUGAUCUUCGACGCGUCAGCCACUGUGAUAGGACUUUGUCUGGACCUGGACGGCGCAGGGACCCGCUUCAGCUUUCAUGACACUGGCUUCAGCGUGUACGUGACGCCGGUGUCGGUGGUGAGGCAUCAAGUCUUGGUCAUUGGCCUGACCUCGCGCUUGGAGUUCUCCUGCCACGGUACCGGGACGGUGUCCACGAGCUGUUCUACCGCCUCGGCUGUCUACCUGGCACAACGGUGCGACUUGAACCGCGAGACAGGCGUCUUGGGGGACUGGGAGAUCCACGACCGUGACGCCACGCCCACGCAAGCCGUGACGCAGAUUCCAGGUGCCGAAGGCAGCAUCUAUGAGUUCCGAGUGGAGCUGAACACGACUCACCUCCAAGUGGGCUGGACCUACAGGCUUUGCAUUGACACCGACACCUCUGGGGAGCUUUACUUUGGGGAUAGCGGCUUUGAGGUGACCAUCUCAGGGGUUGAAGCCAUCUACCCCGCGGACAGCCUGAAGAUUGGCUCCUCCACCACUUUGGAUCUCUAUUGCCCGCUCUAUUGCUCUUCAGAAACGUUGGCUUACCUGGCACAAGAGGCUGUGGGCUGCGACUCCAGUGCUUCCGGCCUCCGUGCUGCAGAUGGUGCCUUGGCCACAGCCUCUGCUGCGUUGGUUGCCGCAGUGGCACCAGACAGCUGGCAGGUGGCCUCGUAUUUCACCCGUGAUUGGACGGUGACCUUCAACACCUCUGCCUUGAAGCCGGGUGAUAGCUAUUUGCUGUGUGUAGACUACGAUGGAGCACAAAGCACCGCCUUAAGCUAUGCGAAUGCCUACGACGGCGUCGUGAAAAUGAAUCCCAUCACGGCUGAGUACACCGCACUGGAAGCUAGCAGCACUGCUACUUUGCCUCUGACUUGCGAUGGCUGCAAUCUGAGUACCAUCAUCUACUUGGCCACCGCCUGCGAUGUGGCCGCCGUGAUCUCCGGGAACAAAGAAAACUGCCAGACCUAUUGGAAUCUGGUGCCUCCUCAGACUUGCAGUCAGCUCUUAGAGGCCAGCUUCCCCAGCAACACGGCCUUCGUCCGGCUAUUUCCCCGUAGCGACCUUCCCGGUUUCCGUUGGACGGCGCAGCUGGACACCAGUGGGCUCACGGCCCUUUGGCGUUUGGACGUGGUGGAAUUUGCGCAACAGGGUUUCACUGCACCGGUUCCGCCGAGGGCACUGGGCACGCUGGACACUGAGCUGGGUGAAGAGCUCCCGGGGUCGACCUACCUUGACUCAGACGAGAGCGACGGCGACGGCAGCGAGGAGGAGGAGGAGGGCGACAUCCGCAGCGCGGCGGAGGAGCGAAGGAUCCAGCGCAGGAGCUUUCAUUCCAUGGAGGUCUUUGAGGUCGAGGAUCUCGAGCAUUUGUCACCGGUGAGGACCACACAUGCUCUGUAUGUGGUCGAACUUGAGGAGUUCCUCCGUGAAGUCGACGAAGAAAGGCUGGACGCCGCCGUGUGCUACAAACGCGCGGUCCACGCGCACAAGCAGAAGCGCCGCGAGGCCAAGCUGGCCAAGUCGAGCCAGCCGAGGGGUGUCCGGAGCAUCGUUGCAGUCUGA